CACCCUCCCUAACCCCUUUGCUAAUGAGUGGUGGUCCUGCCCCCCUGGCUGGCAGGCCCACCCUUCUUCAGCAAGCUGCUGCCCAGGGAAAUGUCACUUUAUUAUCAAUGCUGCUUAAUGAAGAAGGACUGGACAUUAAUUACUCCUGUGAAGAUGGCCAUUCUGCCUUGUAUUCUGCUGCUAAGAAUGGACAUACAGACUGUGUGAGAUUGCUGCUGAAUGCAGAAGCCCAAGUCAAUGCUGCUGAUAAAAAUGGCUUCACACCCUUGUGUGCUGCAGCUGCUCAGGGACAUUUUGAGUGUGUAGAAUUAUUAAUUGCAUAUGAUGCUAAUAUUAAUCAUGCUGCUGAUGGAGGACAGACCCCUCUAUACCUGGCCUGUAAAAAUGGAAAUAAAGAAUGUAUUGAACUCUUGUUGGAAGCUGGAACUGACCGAAGUGUAAAAACCACAGAUGGCUGGACACCAGUUCAUGCAGCUGUGGACACUGGUAGUGUGGACAGCCUGAAGCUCCUUAUGUACCAUCGGGUACCCACUCAUGGAAACUCUGUGAAUGAAGAGGAGCCUGAGUCAGGCAUCUUUGACUUGGAUCGAGAAGAGAGUUCUGAAGGCACAUCCAAGCCUGUAGUUCCUGCAGACCUCAUUAACCAUGCCGACAGAGAAGGCUGGACUGCUGCCCACAUUGCUGCUUCAAAAGGUUUUAAGAACUGCCUAGAGAUCCUGUGUAGGCACGGAGGGCUCGAGCCUGAAAGGAGAGACAAGUGCAAUCGGACUGUGCACGACGUUGCGACUGAUGACUGCAAGCAUUUGCUGGAGAACCUGAAUGCUCUUAAAGUACCCUUAAGGAUUUCAGUGGGUGAAAUUCAACCAGGCAACUAUGGUUCUGAUGACUUUAAAUGUGAAAACACAAUAUGUACUUUAAAUAUCCGCAAACAGACAUCAUGGGAUGACUUUUCAAAAGCCGUGAGUCAAGCCCUGACAAAUCAUUUCCAAGCAAUCUCUUCUGAUGGAUGGUGGAGUCUGGAAGACGUGACAUUUAAUAACACCACUGACUCCAACAUCGGUCUCAGUGCAAGCAGUGUACGAUCCAUCACACUAGGAAAUAUGCCAUGGUCAGCUGGUCAGAGCUACAGCCAGUCCCCAUGGGACUUUAUGAAGAAAAAUAAGGCAGAGCAGAUCACUGUGCUUUUGUCAGGUCCUCAGGAAGGCUGCCUCAGUAGUGUGACUUACACAUCCAUGAUCCCUCUUCAGAUGCUGCAGAACUACCUCCGGCUGGUCGAGCAAUAUCAUAAUGUCAUUUUCCACGGCCCAGAAGGAAGCUUGCAAGACUACAUAGCACAUCAGCUUGCGCUCUGCAUGAAGCACAGACAAAUGGCUGCAGGAUUCACAUGUGAAAUAGUGAGAGCUGAAGUGGAUGCUGGUUUCUCCAAGGAACAGCUAGUAGACCUGUUCAUCAGUAAUGCUUGUCUGAUCCCAGUGAAGCAAUCUCCUGUUAAGAAGAAAAUCAUCAUCAUCUUAGAGAAUUUGGAAAAAUCUUCAUUGUCUGACUUAUUGGGAGACUUUUUGGCACCUCUUGAAAAUCGCAGCACCGAAAGCCCCUGUACUUUCCAAAAAGGAAAUGGAAUGUCCGAAUGUUAUUACUUUCAUGAGAACUGCUUUCUGAUGGGCACCAUUGCCAAGGCGUGUCUCCAGGGCUCCGACUUGCUGGUGCAGCAGCAUUUCCGCUGGGUUCAGCUGCGGUGGGAUGGGGAGCCCAUGCAAGGCCUGCUGCACAGGUUCUUAAGAAGAAAAGUUGUGAAUAAGUUCAGAGGUCAGGCGCCCUCACCCAGCGAUCCUGUGUGCAAGAUCGUCGACUGGGCUCUGUCCGUCUGGCGGCAGCUCAACUCCUGCCUGGCCCGCCUGGGCACACCUGAAGCACUUCUUGGGCCCAAGUAUUUCCUGUCUUGUCCCGUAGUCCUAGGACAUGCCCAAGCAACAGUGAAGUGGAUGUCUAAGCUGUGGAAUGCCGUCAUUGCACCCAGAGUUCAAGAAGCUAUAUUGUCAAGAGCCUCUGUGAAAAGACAGCCUGGCUUUGGGCAGACAACUGCUAAAAAACACCCAAGCCAAGGACAGCAGGCUGUGGUUAAAGCUGCUCUCAGCAUCUUGCUUAAUAAAGCUGUCCUGCAUGGCUGUCCCCUCCCCAGAGCAGAGUUAGACCAGUACACAGCCGAUUUCAAAGGAGGAAGUUUCCCCUUAUCCAUCGUUUCAAGUUACAACAGUUGUAGCAAGAAGAAGGGAGAGAGCAGUGCCUGGAGAAAGGUGAACACAAGUCCUCGCAAGAAGUCUGGCCGUUUCUCUUCUCCCACCUGGAAUAAGCCGGACCUGAGCAAUGAAGGUAUGAAAAACAAGACUAUAUCACAGCUGAAUUGUAACAAGAAUACAUCUCUGUCAAAACAAAAGUCUUUAGAGAAUGACCUGUCAUUGACAUUGGAUUUGGAUCAGAGACUCUCUCUGGGCUCGGAUGAUGAAGCAGAUCUUGUAAAGGAGCUUCAGAGCAUGUGCUCCAGCAAAUCUGAAUCUGACAUAAGCAAGAUUGCUGAUUCCAGGGAUGAUUUAAGAAGGUUUGAUAGUUCAGGAAACAACCCUGCGUUUUCAGCAAUGGCUAAUAUUCCAAGAAUGCCAGUGUCACAAAAGGAGGUCAGUCCUCUCAGCAGCCAUCCAACUACGGAAUGCAGCAACAGCAAGUCAAAGACCGAGUCGGGUGUUUCAAGAGUUAAAUCUUUUCUUCCUGUUCCUAGAAGUAAAGUGGCCCAGUGUUCCCAGAACACCAAAAGAAGCAGCAGCAGCAGUAAUACAAGGCAAAUAGAAAUAAACAACAACUCAAAAGAAGAGAAUUGGAACUUACACAAAAAUGAACUAACGGAGAAACCGAACAAAUAGGCCUACCUACAAUAUUCUCACGAUUAACUUCUGUAUAUUCCACACACAAACCAAGGAUGACAAGAUGUAAAUACCUUUAAUGAGUAAAAUGUUUUCACUGUAAUAUAAAGUGUGAGUGCAGGACCACUAUUCAACUUUUUGUAAAGACUGUAUUUAUAACCAACAUUUUAUUGCUUUUUUUUAAUUCCAUAGGAUUGAACUUCUACACCAAGAAGUUAUGCCAACUUUUCAAGUAGUUUUAUAAUAGAAAAAUUGUCAUAGUUUCAUUCAAGAUGUUCAGGGGUAUUGCAACAGAACUGUGUACUGUAUAUCUAUAUAUGUACAUAUGUAUGUAUAUUUAAGGAAGUCCAUGAAUCAUACUGCAGACUACAUGUUAGAAAGUGUGUACAACAUUGGCUCAGAUGACAUGUACCAUUUAAAUGAAGAUCAUAAUUUUAUGUUCACUUGAUGGGGAAUGACUAGAAUGGGGCAAUAACAAAUCAUUUCUAAAUAGUUAUUUUCCAUUAAAAGCCAUAUUAUGUAUUUUGCCUGUUAAAUUCUAGUUUGUUUUAAAUUUUUUAGUAGUUACAUUGCCAUUUGGUUGUACAUGUAUUUAUUAAUGCUUAUGAGUUUGCAUUAUGACUCCUAUAAAAUAUGAAAUUAUAAUGCAAUAAAAGUUAUCUUUCUUACAAAAGUUUUGUACCUAAGUGGUUAUAAAAAAUACCUGCAUAAAUGCUUCAUAAAUUGAGAGUUAACUCCCUCUUCAAUAUUAUUUCUAGUAGCACAACUGAUAAUAAAAUAAUGAAAAUAUUUUCUGGAAGUGUUUCUUCUAAAAUUACUGAUGAAAUUACUUAUGUAACUCACAGUUAAAAUGCUUUGACAACAAAUAAAAUAUUGAUUUAGUGAAAUGA